UGCGUGGUGGAUGGGUGGAUGUUUGCAUGCGUGGUGGACGAUGUACGGGAUGCCUCUUCGGGUUUAACUGGGUAACCUAUUCCUACGCACCUGUCCCCACAAAAGAGGUGUGUAAAAGCGUUUUGUAAACCCUCUAUAGUAUAACCAUUUAUAUCACCAUUGAUAUACUUAUUAAUACUUAAUAUGACUUACAGUAAUACUAACACACUCUAUUUCUCUUCCCUUUCCCCUAUACCUCACCUGUGAGGUAAACCAUUACCAGCCAUCAACCAUCUCAGUGCCUGUCCCUCAUCACACCUGAAGUCACAUCCCUAUGACUGCCCUACCAUCGCCUGCUGUGGUUCCCUGCCCGAAUCUUUGGCCCUCGGAUCUCAGCGACCCAUCACCUUCCGAAAUAACUAAUGGAUUACUAAUGGACAAUUUAUUCCCUACACUGGACUAUUUGAACGUUCAUUCUCAUUGUAACUUUCAAACUACAAAUGACUGUACUGUAACUGACCCAAGGCAGAUGGGUUGGGCCCUUGAGUCGUGGGUCUGUCUGAGGUUUCUUCCUAUAUGUAUCUCCAAUUCUAGGGAGUUUUUCCUUGCCCCUGUUACUCAUGGGCUCUCUUUGAAUGUCUAACACUCUGUAAAACGCCUUGAGACAUGUGUAAUGUAUUGGCGCUCUAUAAGCGACAUUAAAUUGAAAUUGAAAUUGACAAAGGGUCUCAAUGUCUCCACAGCUGGCGUUAUCUGAUCAUUUCUGCGUGUUCUUUGAUGUGUCUAUGUCCCCACACAGUCAGAACAGAUCUAUGUUGGUAAAAAGGAGAAUCAUAAAUGAUAAGACAAGUGUUCUUUUUGAGCAAGCACUCUCACAGACAUCAAGUAAUUUGUCAGACUCAGUAGAAGACUUAUUGGAUCACUUUAAUGCAAAAAUGGCAAACAUUAUGGAUGGCAUUGCUCCCUUAAAAUCCAAGAAAGUUAAGGACAAACAGAAAGCACCAUGGAAGCAAAAUCCAGCGGUUAAACUCCUAAAAAGAGAGUGUAGGAAGACUGAAAGAAAAUGGCGUAAAUACAAACUUCAGAUCCACUAUGACAUCCAUAAAGACAUGCUCCGCACAUAUAACUUUGAAAUAUGCAAAGCAAGACAAUCUUUCUUUUCUAACAUCAUCAGUAGGAGUUCAAAUAACACUCGUGUUUUAUUUUCCACUGUCGAAAAGUUAACAAAUCCUCCCUCACAAUUAGCGCCCGAACUUCUCUCAACUAAUAAAUGCAAUGAGUUUUCAUCUUUUUUUAAAGGUAAAAUUGACAAAAUCAGACUCAAUAUAUCUGCUAAAUUAUUCAUUCAACACCCGGAACUUCCAGCUACAAAUAGAGGGAAACUUAACUUGAUGUCAGAGUUCAAUUUGAUAGACUACGAAACACUUGAAAAAACAGUACAGAUUCUCAGCUCCUCCACGUGUGUCUUAGACACCCUGCCUACAAAUUUCUUCAAAACUGUUUUUCACCUUAUAGCCUCAGAUGUCCUUCACAUUGUAAAUACAUCACUGCUGUCUGGCACUUUUCCUAAGUCACUAAAAACAGCUGUUGUAAAGCCACUGCUCAAGAAGAAUAACCUGGAUGCCUCCAUUUUAAACAAUUACAGGCCCAUAUCCAAUCUACCUUUUAUUGGCAAAAUUAUUGAAAAAAUAGUCUUUAAUUACUAACCACCUUCCUAACAUCAAAUGGGUAUUUUGAUAACUUUCAGUCUGGUUUUCGGGCAAAUCACAGCACUGAAACAGCCCUCAUUAAGGUUUUCAAUGACAUACGUCUCA